ACUUCCAAAGGUUUUUCAUUUUUAUUCCAAACCUCCAACGACAUCUAUCGGCCGCGCCUCUCUUCCCUGAGCCCCCAACCCAGAGGUCAACGUAUUCGGCUCUUUUCCCUUCUGUUGAACCGAUAGGUACCGAAGAUGAAGAAAAAAAGGCAAAAGCCUAUAACUGAUUUUAAACCUGAUACCGAUUUGAAGUCUAUCAUUCAUCAUCAUUCUCUGUUCUUUGACAAGUUAGUUGAGUUAAUCCCCGCAAAAUUCUAUCUGCCCAAUGAUGAUAAGGAUAAGCCAUGGUUUCAGGGCCUCAGCAAGGCCGAAAAAGCUUUGGCAAAGAAGGAAUCAAGGGAGAACAUUAAAAAAGCUCGAAGAGAUCGUUUGGAUCCAGAAAAGUCUUCUGCAACAACCCUUGAUUUGCUAAAGCAAAGUUUGGAGAAAGAACAAUUGAAUGAUAGUGAUGAUGAGGAAAUAGAAAUCAAGCCUAUUCUUUCUGGCAUUGAAGGUGAAGAUAAUAAUCGGCAGGUGACAUUAGAGGAACUUCGGCAACGGCUGCAUCUAAAAAUUGAACAGACUAGAGCAAAUAGGAAUUCCGAAGAUUCCAACAGAGCAAAGAAAAGGAAUGAGAGAGAAUACAGAAAUGGAAUUCAGCAGAAGAAACGCAAGAGGGACUCUGUUUAUGACGAAAAGAAACCAACAACUAGUAGUUCUGCAGAUCAAAUUGGUAAGGAUAUAGCAGAGGCUUCAAAGGAACUUGCAUUUACUCAUGUCAAACUUGGGGAUGAGGAAGAGCUUGGCAAGAAGAAGAAGAGGAAACUUUCAAAGAUGAAGGAGCUUGAAAGGGCAAAGAAAUUUAAAGAAGCGAGGGAAGAUCCUGAAAAAGGUCUGGUUAUCUCGAAGAAGCAUUCGUGGAAAGCGGCAACGAGUAGAGCAGCUGGGAUUAAAGUUCAUGAUGAUCCAAGUCUGUUGAAAAGGAGUAUACAAAAGGAGAAGAAGAGGCAUCAGAAGAAUGCUGAGAAAUGGUCGGAGAGGCUGCAGACCACACGGAAGAUGAAAGCAGAGAAACAGCAAAAGAGGUCAGAAAAUAUAGCACAGAAGAUUCACGAGAAGAAAAUGCGUCGAAUUGCAAAGAGAGAGAAAAAGCUAAUGCGUCCUGGAUUUGAAGGUCGAAAGGAAGGUUUUAUAAAUGAAGGUUCACGUUAAGGUUCUUCCUCCUGAAGUUUAUAAAUUUCUGCCUCUUUUAGUGCCUUUUUUGCUUUACUCUUAAAUCAAUUGCCCUAAACAGGUUAUCAAAAUUCAGGGAAAAUCUUAUUUCGGGGAUUCUACUACAUAGAACCCCCUGCCUCCCUCCUCUCUUCCUAUUCCCCUGUUUAACUACUACUACUACUACUACUUCUACUAGAUCAGUACUGUUGAAGAGUCCAUUUUUACAUGUUUGUGGCUGAUGUUAAAUGGUGUUUUUUAGCACGAAGGAAGUGUUAUUGUUUGAAUAUCAUCUUCUGUAUGUUAUUUGAGGUUUCAA